GUUAAACACACCAGUCUGACACACACACACACACACACACACAGACAAAAAAAAAAGUUGUUGGAAAACCUGUGUCUGUGUUUACAGAAGAAGGACAUCGGAACGUCUCCCCCACCUCACCCACCAAAAAAAAAAGCCUGUAUGGGCCACCUGAGUGUGUGCGAAAUCUGCUGGGAGCCUUUCAGAGCAAUUUGCACUAUACAGGGGCAAAACAAGCUGAACAGGAGAGGGAAGCGGCAGAAAGCAGGGAUCCCAGAGCUACACAAAAAGGAUAGCAGCAAAAUCCAGAGAGAGGCAAGAGGAAACCCCCUUCCCGACUCUGUUUCAGAGGAAUAGUGAAACUACCUCAGCUCGGUGGGGGGAAUUUUCACCAUUUCGAAGAGAGAGAGAGAAAGUUUCAGAUUUCCACACACAUAUAUUUUUGUAUUUAUAUAUCCUUGCACCCCCCCCCCCCCCCACCGAAGUGGAAAUAUUUUUGAGUACCAUACUGUCAAGAGGAGGCUUGCUGAACAUUGGCGAUGUGGGGCUAAGGCAUUUAGCAAACUGUCUGGUAUAUUUUACUGUUUGUGGGAGUGCCGGAUUCUGCAGGACUCGAAGAGGUUUUCAUUCUGGUCGUGGUUUUGGUAUGACUUGGAUUCCUGUCCAGCUCCGGGAUAUAUCAUGAACACAGCAUUGUUUCGCUUCUGGUUCGCCGUUGGAUCAAUAUGUAUUAGCUCAGGAUCCCGUCUUCGACAGGAGGAUUUCCCGCCCCGGAUUGCGGAACACCCCUCUGACCUGAUCGUGUCCAAGGGCGAGCCGGCCACCCUGAACUGCAAGGCCGAGGGGAGGCCCAGUCCCACCGUCGAGUGGUACAAGGACGGGGAGCGGGUGGAGACGGACAAGGAUGAUCCCCGCUCUCACCGCAUGCUGCUGCCCAGCGGCUCGCUGUUCUUCCUGCGCAUUGUACACGGGCGGAGGAGCAAACCCGACGAGGGCAGCUACGUCUGCGUGGCCCGGAACUACCUGGGGGAGGCCGUCAGCCACAACGCCUCGCUGGAGGUGGCAAUUCUCCGGGAUGAUUUCAGACAGAACCCUUCCGAUGUUAUGGUCGCAGCUGGUGAGCCAUCCAUCAUGGAAUGUCAACCUCCUCGCGGGCAUCCAGAGCCAACCAUCUCCUGGAAAAAGGACAACGCUCUUUUGGACGAUAAGGAUGAAAGGAUCACGAUCCGGGGAGGAAAGCUGAUGAUCACCAACACGCGGAAAAGCGAUGCGGGGAAGUAUGUCUGCGUGGGGACCAACAUGGUGGGCGAGCGGGACAGCGAAGUGGCCGAGCUGACGGUCCUGGAGCGACCUUCCUUUGUGAAGAAGCCUAACAAUCAGGUGCUGCUGGUGGAUGAGACGGUGGAGUUUAAGUGCGAGGCUCGAGGGGACCCGACCCCUACAGUGCACUGGAGGAAGGAGGAUGGCAUGCUGCCAAAGAGCAGGUCUGAAAUCCAGGGGGGCAACACGUUGGUCAUUCGACAUGUCACAGCGGCUGAUGUGGGGACCUACACCUGUGUGGCUGAGAACAUGGUGGGGAAAACCGAGGCAUCAGUCACACUGACGGUGCAUGUUGGGUCAGUUGCUCCGCCGCAGUUUGCGGUGAAACCCCGGGACCAGAUGGUGGCAGUCGGCCGGACGGUCACCUUCACCUGCGAGGCAACUGGGAACCCCCAGCCCGCCAUUUUCUGGCAGAGGGAGGGCAGCCAGAAUCUGCUUUUCUCCUACCAGCCACCGGAACCUUCCAGCAGAUUCUCGGUUUCGCAGGUCGGAGACCUCACCAUCACCAACGUCCAGAGGUCUGAUGUUGGUUAUUACAGCUGUCAGGCACUCAAUGUGGCCGGAAGUGUCAUCAUCAAGGUCUUCCUGGAAGUGACUGAUGUAAUUUCGGACAGGCCCCCCCCUGUCAUUCGUCAGGGCCCCACCAAUCAGACAGUUGCCGUGGACAGCACUGUGGUCCUUGGGUGCUUGGCCAGCGGCUCCCCCUCACCCACCAUCCUUUGGAGAAAGGAUGGGGUCCUGGUCUCCACCCAUGAUUCACGGAUCAAGCAGCAGGAGGCAGGAAACUUGCAGAUCCGUUAUGCCAAGCUGGGUGACUCUGGUAUCUAUACGUGUAUAGCCUCAACGCCAAGUGGUGAAGCUUCAUGGAGCGCACGCAUUGACGUUCAAGAAUUCGGAACUCCAGUUUUGCCUCCUCGGGUACCAGAUCCCAAUCUCAUUCCCGGAGUGCCUACCAAGCCGGAAGUAACGAACGUCAGCAAAAACGCUGUCACAUUGAUUUGGAAACCAAACAUGAACGUUGGAGCCACCCCGACAUCCUACAUCAUUGAGGCCUUCAGCCAUGCCGCUGGCAGCAGCUGGAAAACAGUAGCAGACCGGGUGAAAACUGAAACAUACACCAUCAGAAACCUGAGAUCGAACGCUGUCUACCUCUUCCUCAUCCGAGCCGUCAAUGCUUACGGUCUCAGUGAUCCAAGCCCAAUAUCAGACCCGGUAAAAACCCAAGAUGUCCCACCCACUGGUCAAGGUGUAGAUCACAGGCAGGUGCAGCGAGAGCUUGGUGAGGUGGUUGUCCAUCUCCACAAUCCCAUUAUCCUCUCUUCAUCUUCCAUCCAGAUCCACUGGACAGUGGAUCAGCAAUCACAGUAUAUCCAAGGAUACAGGAUCCUGUACAGGCCGUCACUGUUGGACAGCCGGCCUGACUUGGACUGGUCAGUCUUUGAGGUGAGGUCAGCCACGGAUCGCAGUGCCGUGGUUCCUAAGCUACGGAAAGGCAUGGGUUAUGACAUCAAAGUGAGGCCAUUCUUCAAUGAGUUCCAGGGUGCGGACAGUGAUGUGAAAUACGCCAAGACCCUGGAAGAAGCUCCCAGUGCUCCCCCACAAAGUGUCACAGUAACGCUGAAUGAUGCAAAUGGCACCGGCAUCGUGGUUGCUUGGCAACCACCCCCUGAAGACUCUCUGAAUGGUGAUCUCCAGGAGUAUAAGGUCUGGUGCCUGGGCAACGAGAGCCGUUACCACAUCAACAGGACAGUGGUGGGCACUGCGCUGUCUGUGGUCAUCCCAUCCCUCACCCCUGGUGUCAGGUAUCGUGUUGAGGUGGCAGCUAGUAACAGAGCGGGUCACGGUGUGAAGAGUGAAGCUCAGUAUAUCCAGCUGGAUUCCUUUGGGAGGCUGAGUCCAGAGCAGUCAGAAGACCAGGUCAGCCUGUCACAGCAGAUUUCAGACGUAGUAAAACAGCCGGCGUUCAUCGCAGGAAUCGGAGCAGCUUGCUGGAUAAUCCUGAUGGUCUUCAGUAUCUGGCUGUAUCGGCACAGGAAGAAACGCACUGGCUUAACCAGCAGCUACGCUGGGAUGAGAAAAGUCCCCUCUUUCACAUUCACACCGACAGUGGCCUAUCAGAGAGGAGGUGAAAGCGUCAGCAGUGGAGCAAGACCAGGUUUACUGAACAUCGGCGACUCAAACCAGCCCUGGUUAGCGGACACCUGGCCCAACACGGGAACCAGUCACAACGACUGUAGCAUCAACUGCUGCACCUCAACCAAUGCCAACAGCGAUAGUAACCUUACAACUUACAGCAGGCCAGCUGACUGCAUAGCCAACUAUAACAAUCAACUGGAGAACAAGCAAACCAACUUGAUGCUGCCCGAGUCUACGGUCUACGGAGACAUGGACCUGAGCAACAAGAUCAAUGAGAUGAAGACCUUCAACAGCCCCAACCUGAAGGAGGGUCGCUGCCUAAACCAGACGGUACAGCCCACUCCCUACGCCACGACACAGCUCAUUCAGACCACACUGGGGAACAACAUGAACAGCGGUGGAAUGGAAGUGAAUGAUAAGCAUUGGAAACCGUCACUACAAGCCAAACAGGAGAUAUCCCCAAUGCAGUACAACAUCAUGGAGCAAAAUAAACUCAAUAAAGAUUACCGACUAGCGGAAACGAACAGCAUUCCCACAAUUCCAUACAACCAGACGAGUGAGCAUGGCACAAGUGGGUCCUACAACAGCUCAGAUCGAGGCAGCAACACGUCGGGGAGCCAGGGGCACAAGAAGAACGUUCGAACACCAAAAUUGCCCAAACAGGGUGGCAUGAAUUGGGCAGAUCUCUUACCACCACCUCCAGCUCACCCGCCUCCCACAACAUCCAAUCCCGAUGAAUACAGUGUCACAGAGGAAAGUUACGAUCGAGAGGGGCUCUGCCCACUGCCUCCUGCCAGGAUGUACCUGCAACAGGACGAGCUGGAAGAGGAGGACGAUGAACGGGGCCCCACGCCACCGAUCCGUGGGGCAGCCUCGUCCCCAGCGGCCGUGUCUUACAGCCACCAGUCCACCGCCACCCUCACGCCCUCGCCUCAGGAGGAGCUGAUGCCCAUGUUACAUGGCAGUCAGGAGAACCUGGCCCUCAUCCAAGCUGGGAGCGACCGCAGGUGCCAUCCAGUCAGUCCACCACCUCCACCGAGACCUGUCUCCCCCUCCCACACGUACGGCUAUAUCUCAGGGCCUCUGGUCUCCGACAUGGACACAGAUGCCCCCGAGGAGGAAGAGGAAGAGGAGGAUGUGGAAGUGGCCAAGAUGCACAGCCGCCGGCUCCUCCUACGCGGCCUGGAGCAGACACCCGCCUCCAGCAUGGGAGACCUAGAAAGCUCCGUCACGGGUUCCAUGAUCAACGGCUGGGGCUCAGCCUCCGAGGAGGAUGCCAACAGCUCCAGCGGGCGCUCCAGCGCUGUCAGUUCCUCCGAUGGCUCUUUCUUUACAGAUGCCGACUUUGCACACGCUGUCGCAGCAGCUGCUGAAUAUGCGGGACUCAAAGUAGCUCGACAUCAAAUGCACGAGACAGCAACAGGCCGCCGACACUUCCCCUCGUCGCAUUGUCCUCGUCCCACCAGCCCUUUCUCCACCGACAGCAACGCAAGUGCUGCUGUGAUGCAGAAAUCCCGUCCAAUGAAGAAACUGAAGCACCAGGCAGGGCACGUGCGUCGGGAGAUCUUCACUGAUGAGCUGCCUCCACCACCGAUUCCCCCUCCAGCCAUCAAAUCGCCCACCUUCCAGACAAAGAGUCACCUGGAAGCCUGGCCACCCAUGCUAUCAAAACCGCACGCGGCGGAGCAGAAGGUGGAGCGAGCCGGAGACAGGAAGGCCGCCGGCCUCCGAGGGAGGGAAGGCACGGAUGCCCGGCACCUUCCGGAAAGCCGCACGAACCCGGCUGAGGGGCGAGACCCUCCGGAUCACUGGCAGAAUGAGAUCCACGGUGCCAAACAACGCCUGAAUAAGGCCAGCAAGCGGGAGAACUCCCAGCCAAAGGCCCGCCUCCCCCCAGGUGCAGCAGAGGACGUCCUUCCAUACAGCCGGCCAACCUUCCCCUCCGCGCAGAAUCCCAGGGAGCCGAGCUCAUCCAGCUCCAUGUCAUCGAGAGGGUCCGGAGGUCGGAGGAGAGCGGAACAGGCCAUGCCAGGUAGCAGCACAGGUGCAUCCCGCAGGAACCCAUCAGAAGCCGGUCUACAAGAAAUGGGAACGUACGAGUGUGAAGAAGAAGAUUUUGAGGAAAUUGAAAGCUGAAGAACAGAGCUUAUGUCAAAUGAUUAACUCCGAUUGGACUUUGGAGAGAUCUAUAACAGUUUUUGUAAAACUCCUGCCCAUGGAUGAUAUUUGAUGCCAGAUAUAAUGUUUGGUGCAACGAUAGACCAUGUAAAUUAUGAAUGUUUGCAUCGUGUUGAUUGACCACGUCAGUUAUUUUUUAUUUUUAUUUUUAAUUUUGACUAUUCUCUUUUGUUUUGAGUGGGGUGGGGGAGGGGCAAUCUUGGCUUUUAAUUGUAAUUUAUGUCUGGACUUAACCGUCACUCAACUCCGACCAAUUUUGUUUGUUUGAAAGAAUGAGUUCCUUCAUCAUGGAAAACAGAAAUGGGGUGAUUCAUAUUGUAAAUAUGUACUGGAUUUUUUUUUUUCUCACAUCCCAUUGGUCCUCCAGCUUCCCAUUCAACCCUGUUGUAAAUAAGUCGUGUGUUAAACACCAUCCUCCAAAGAAUAGCCAACUUGGCACAAAGCUGAAUUGCUUUUUUUUAAUAAUAUAUAUAAUUUUUUUUGUCGUUGUAAUGCACUGUUUUAAUUCUUUUUUUUUUGUUUAUUUCUUGGUUUCAAAAGCACAAUCACUAAACUUUUAAUUUUGAAAGGAAAACCAUUUUUUUAAUGGUAGUUAUUAACCUCCUACAUCUUUCUGGAGAAUUGAGUGUGAUGGAGGAAAGGGAAGAGGGAG